GCAUUUAUUCUGUAAUUCUGUUGUUAACUUAAAACAUUGAGACAUAUCUAUCUCACUGACAUAUAGAACGAAUAUUUAUUGUAUGAAAUGUCUUAAACACUCAUCUCAACAUCCACACUUUUUCAAAUAAUCAUUUGAUUUUCGGGUAAAUUGCACAUAACAAAUGAAUAUUCGUCUGUUUACUAUGAUUUUGAAUGUAUUAUUAUUAUUAACAAUAUUAAUUCCUGUUUUUGCUAAUUCUGCCAACAAUACUAUAGUACAUGAUGAUUCUACAGUGUUCCAUUCCAUUAUACGACCUGAUAUUGAAAUAUCUGUAAUUAUUAUGGCAUGUUUAGUGUGCUGUAUUGUAACAGUCGGUAUCAUCGGUAAUGUAUUAGUUAUCUGUGUGUUAACAUGUAAUCAAACACGUAUGGUAUAUGAAACAUUUUGUGUUGGUUUAGCUGUGACAGAUUUAAUUUAUUUAACCAUGACAAGUCCUAUAACUGUAAUGCAAUACUUUUUAAACAGUUGGAUAUUCGGUAUAUUUUGGUGCAAAGUAUUCAAUUUUAUUGUACAAGUGACGGUGUUUUCAUCAGCUUUCAUGUUACUUGGCCUAACAACAAGUCGAUUUCUAGCUGUAGUAUUACCAUGGCAAAAUUUGAAAAUGACAGAAAUACAAGCUAAAUUGGUGUGUUUUGGAGCUUGGUUAGUUGGAAUUAUAUUCGCCUUACCAAUAAUUAUAUUUCAAGUAUUAAUACCAGUAUCAAGGGACGAUAUAUUACCAGAAAAUAUCACAGCAUUUAGCGCAACUUCUACCGGUAUGCUGAGUACUACUGAUCAUAUAACAGAGAUGCCACAGACAUAUACUCCAACAAGUAAACCAAUUCAUGACUCAGUUAAAACUUAUCCUAGCAUCGACAUUAGUAAUAACAAUCAAGAAGUAUUUUGUCGUGAACAAUUUCCAACUCAGUCGAGUCGUAUGGGUUAUCAACUUUUUGUUCUUCUCUCAACUUAUGUACUUCCGUUUGCAUGCAUUCUCAUUUUAAAUUCUUGUAUCGUGCUGAAAUUGAAACAAAAAAAUGUCGCAGAACGAGAAACCAGUCAAUUUAAACGUUCCUCUAUGCGUGACCAUUCCAUUUAUGCAAGAAACAACAACAACAAUAACAAUGAUGACUCAUAUAAUUCCAGUCGAAAAUCAAUAACUUGGUUAGAAAAGAAACGAAAAAGACUAUUUAGUCUACAACAACAACAACAAUCUGAAUUACACAAAUCUGAUGAAAUUCAUGAGAAUAUGCCACAAAACUAUACUGCUAAUCAACAUUAUCAUCAACAACAACCACCAUACUUGGAACAACAAUUAUCUAAUGAUACAAUGAUAUUAAAUUAUCCUAGUACAAUAAAUAAUAAUAAUAAUGAAAGUGAUCUUCAUUGUCAAACUAAAAAUUCCAUACAAAAAUGUAAUGAUUUCCAUGAGACUACAACAUCCAAUCCAAAUGAAUUAAUACGUGUUACAAGAGAAUUAAAGAAAAAACGUUUACGUUCGAAAGCAACUAAAUUAGUUGUACUAGUCACUACAUUAUGGGGUGUAUGCUGGUUACCGACGCAUAUAAUUAAUUCAUGGUUUUUUUUUGAUGAAGCUAGUUUUCCAUUUGUACCAGCAAUGAAAAUUGCGAAAUUAUUAUCACAAACAUUAUCAUUUGCUGCAUCUUGUGUUAAUCCUGUUGUGUAUAGUAUAUUGACUGGAUCAUUUAAAACAGCUUUAUCAAAUCGUUUGUUACGUUUUAGAAAGCGUACACGACAUGAUCAUAAUAAAAUUGAAACACUUUAUAUUACUGAAUAAACAGAUUAUAAUAUAUUAUUACACAUAAACUAUCAUUGACAUUCUAUUAAUGGUAUUAAGUAUUCUUUCUUUUUUUUUUCUCUGUCUAAUUACAAUCAGUUAUUUAAAAAACAGAGAGGUGCAAUUUUUCUGUUAUCAUUGAAAAUUGAAAAGUACAACUGACUAAACAAACUAGGCCAGAAACAAACAGACCAUACAGCUCUUUAUUCAACAUACAAUAUUUUCAAAUGUUCAUUUAAAAAUUAAACUCAUAUUUACCCCUCUAUUCUAUUAUUUUUAUUUUUCAAGCUUAAAUCAACAACACUUUUGUCCAUUUAUGUAUUACUUAUAAUCUGUUAUGAAAACGAUUCUGUAAAACGAUGGAAAAAAACAAAACAAACCGAGAAUAGUUGUAACACUGGUUACAACUAGAUUUCUUUGCAAACAAAUAUAUAUUCAUACAGACAUACACACACAUACAUACAGACAAAUCAUUAUGACUGGUUGGUUAAAGUUAGGAAAUAAAGAAAGUGAGAAUACCAAUAUGGUUGGUAUAUAAUACAAUAAGAU